AUGUCCGCUGGCAGGGGCCAAGGCUCCUUUGGGAAAACCAUUGAUAUGCUCCCCUCGACGUUCGCACCCACCCUAACUCGCAGAGAUACGAAUAAAUCCAUAGGCCAUGAAGCUGCUUCCGGAUCAAUUCCUCCCCCAUUAAUGAGUGGCGGGGGUUCUCUCGGUCCGCAGAGCGCGGCAGCGAUCUACCAGCAUAUUCAAGACAUGGCCACGAAGCGAAUAUCUACACUCGACUAUCUCAGGAAGACUCACGAAGGGCGCAUUUAUUGGUUCAACACCGUCCAUUAUUCUCGAAAUGACAUCGGCCGAAUGCCGUACUUUGAUUCCAGGAAGCUUUCUCGCCGUGCGAUUAAUUAUUUGCUUCUUGGUCUAUCUAUCCCCGCCAUAAUCGAUGUCAGUACAACGUCGGGCGAAUAUUUACGUGCGCUAAACGCGCUUUUGAUCGAAUUCGAGACAUUUCAGCAAGUACACCCACCUGAAGGAAGCUCGUCAUCUACGCUUGCCCGAACACGUAUACCGCAAAUGUUUAAGCGCGCCACUCAUGGUGGAACAAAAGCUAGAAGGGCGAGCUCGGCAACUGAGAUUGGUCUUCCCAUGCAGCAUAGUGAUCCUUCCGAUCUAAAGAAUAUGUCAGGUCCUGCUUCAGUGAGCGCGCUUCCACCAUCAGAAGCAUCGGAACUCUUACCUGGAGAGGAAUACGCGUAUCUUCUAACGCCUUCGUUGCCAUUUGAGCCGGACUACUUCGAAACUUUCGUGACUCUAUGCGACGUCUUGAUAGACUGCUAUACACGCCUGGUGACAUUAAUCUCGACGCCUGCCGUUUGCACCGUUGCACUAGGUGAGCUGUUUACCAAAGCGGACGCGAAAAUCCGAAAGAUUAUGGUGGCAGGCAUAGUACGUGAGUUUGAAGAUGCAAGUCGGAACGCAGCUAGAAUUGAGGUGGCUGGUGUUGGCCGUGUCGUAUUAGGAGGCCUUCUGGGAUAG